GCUUAACGUAUUUUUCGUUCUUCUCCCGUCUUCCGCCACAUUGAACCUUACAUUUGCCGUCCCCCCCCCCAUUCAGAACUGAAAAUACGCCUAAUUUAACACGCAAUCUGUCUAUCAACUAAGCUGAUAAGUAAGCAGCUGUCCACCACUGAGAACUGUCAGGUUGCAGUACAGCCUUCCCCAACUUGGUGUCCUCUGCGUGUGUUGGACUACAGCUACAUAGCUAGUGGGCACCAGGUUGGGAACGAUUGCUUUCGUAAAUAAAAUGUUGAUAUCAAGAAGGUAAAAAGGUAUGCUAUAAUGAGUUAAUUUGGGGAGGUGAGUCUUUAUUUCAGGUUCCACAACAAAAAUUGUUACCAUUUACAGCAUACUAUUGAGAUGUGGCUAAUUGGCUUUUCACUUUCUUCUCUGACCUUGUUUUUUUCCCAAGGAAAAAAUAAAAUAGAAAAUCAUCAUUACAGUGACUAGAGUAGUUACUAUUAUUUGUAAUGCCCUACUAAAUCAUAACAUGCAAAAUACAGUCUUAAUUUAAGAAAUUGAUUAAGAAGAAAACUAAUCUCUAGUAUUGAUAGAUCAGUAUGACUUUGUCCCACUUCUGAGUUGUCUGUAGGCAGCAACACAGCUGUGCAAAUUAAGUCCAAGGAGGUUAAUUAGUUCACAAAAAAGAUUAACUCAUCUGUCUGAGCACAGCUAUGAGACCAAUUGUACAGGGGAUUGAAGUGGAUCCUCCAGUGUUUCUUAAGCCCUGUCAAACAUUUAAGCUUGAUUGAUCUUUGUAAUCUGCUUUAAAACACAUGCACGCAUGCACACACAAGGAACCUAUUAUAACGACAGACCUUAUUUGUAUUUCAGUAGUGGUUGUUUAUAAAUGUAAUUUAUAAUGCUGCCUGAAGUUUCUCAUGUCCAUGGUAACUUAAAUUUCAGAUUUAGUGCACAGCUAUCCAGAAUAUUUAGGCCAGCUGUGGAUGAAUUUCAUUUAUUGAGGCCUGAGAAUGUAGACAAGGUGUUUGGUUAUGUUCAGACAUCAACUUGUAUGCUUAAUCCUUGUCUCACUUGGUUUAUUACAUUCUGUUGGGUGGGGAUGUCUAACUCAGUUCAGGAGCUUGUAAAUUCUUCUUUGAGAGGGAGCAGUCCCUCUUCUUUGAGAGGUUGACCAGUCUCUUUAAAAGAGGCAGUAAUUGGACUGUUGUGAAAAAAACCCAAACUGAACCCAGUAGAUGAAAAUAACUAUAGGUUAGUUGCUAACAUACUCUUCCUGGGCAAUGUGCUUGAGUGAGUGCUGAUGUACUCCAGGAUCUGCUUGAUUAAACUGGUUUCUGAUUCAUUUCCAACUUGUUUCAGGAUUUGGAAUGGCAGCUGCCUUGGUUGCCCUGUAGGAUGCCCUGUGAGCUGUGCUGUGAGAGUGAUGGGAGUAUGAGCCUUUUGGUUCUCUUAGAGGCUUUCAGUUUCAUCAUCCAUGGCAGAAGGUGAAGAAGAUUGUUACUCUGACAUGGUAAGAGCAGAUGACAUUGAAAGGCCUGGUGAAGCUAACCUUCAGGCAGAGCUCCAAAUGUUCAGAGCACAGUGGAUGUUUGAACUUACCCCAGGGGGGAGCUCUUCAGGUGUGGAAGCUCGAUCCUGUAGAACAUCAGCAAGAGGGCCUUCAGUAAAGGCUGCAGAUACCAAAGGAAAGCUGGAACUAGCAAAAGAGGAAAAGGCAAGAGAACUGUUCCUGAAAGCAGUGGAACAAGAGCAAAAUGGGGCUCUUUAUGAAGCUAUUAAGUUCUACCGUCUGGCUAUGCAACUGGUCCCAGAUAUUGAGUUUAAAAUUACCUACACCCGAUCUCCAGAUGGUGACAAUAUUGGGAAAAGCUACAUUGAAGAUAAUGAGGAGGAUAGCAAGAUGGCUGAUCUUUUGUCCUACUUUCAGCAGCAGUUCACUCUUCAGGAAUCAUCCAUUAAAUUGUGUCAGCCUGAGCUUGAAGUGAAUCAGACUCAUAUCUCAGUGUUGCCUAUGGAGCUGCUAAUGUAUAUUUUCCGAUGGGUGGUUUCCAGUGAUCUGGACCUGCGGUCUUUAGAACAGUUAUCAUUGGUCUGCAGAGGUUUUUAUAUUUGUGCCAGGGACCCUGAAAUCUGGCGUCAGGCCUGUCUGAAGGUUUGGGGAAGAACCUGUAACAAAGUGGUUCCUUACACCUCAUGGAGGGAAAUGUUUUUGAAAAGGCCCAGAGUUCGAUUUGAUGGCGUGUAUAUCAGCAAGACAACAUACAUACGUCAAGGAGAACAGUCUCUUGAUGGCUUCUAUAGGGCAUGGCACCAAGUGGAUUAUUACAGGUACCUGAGAUUCUUCCCUGAUGGCCAAGUAAUGAUGCUAACAACUCCGGAAGAACCUCAGUCUAUUGUUCCUCGUUUACGAACUAAAAACACAAGAACUGAUGCAAUCCUGCUUGGCCACUAUCGCCUUUCCCAGGAUACGGACAAUCAAACCAAAGUAUUUGCUGUAAUGACAAAGAAGAAGGAAGAGAAACCAAUUGACUACCACAAGUACAGAUAUUUCUGUCGUGUCCCUGUGCAAGAAACUGAACACAGCUUUCAUGUAGGGCUACAGCUAUGUUCCAGUGGUCGGCAGAAAUUCAACAAACUUGUUUGGAUUCAUCACUCUUGUCAUAUUACUUACAAGUCUACUGGUGAAACAGCAGUCUCUUCUUUCGACAUUGACAAGAUGUACACCCCUUUGUUCUUUGCACGCGUGAAGAGCUUUACUGCAUUUUCAGAAAGGCCUCUCUAAGAAGGUCACAUCUAUUGCAUGAAGAAAUUACAGCAAACAACACUUAAGUUAUAAAUGUGUAUAUAUAUUUGAAUUUUAUUUUAAAGUAAGGAAUCUUUUUGGAAGAAUAUAUACUGGAAAUUCAUUUGAUUUAAGGUGGCAGGGUUAUUUUACUGGUUUUGAAGUCAAGUUUACACAUUAUUUUAAACUUGUUUCUGUUGUGAAGAGACUUUGAUAACAUAAAAAGGCAUUUUUGCCAUGUCAUUUUAUGAGCAAAUUUAUAAGCUGUUCUCUUUUCCAGUGUAAGGCUUCAUCUGCCUAUGCACCUUAAGUUCAGGAAUCAUUAUAAACAUACUGCUGUACAUAAAUCGUGGAGUGUGUGCUUUGGGGGAAGGCUCAAAAUGUGAAGAAUUUGUCCUACAUCUGUGCGUGGCCUAAAUACACAUUAAAAAUGCUUACUUUGAGAUACAUGUAUUUGGGUGGCCUUUAAAGAAGAGGCCUUGACUUAGGUGUAAAGUGCAGCCUGAUGAAAAAUUAAGCAAAGGCAAGCAAAGUUGGAAGUUCUGCUUCAGGUUUUUAAAGAAUCACAUUGUUUAAUUUAACUGCAAUGGUUAAACCAAUGGAUUUGAUAUUGCAAAUGGCAGAAGAUGGAAGGGAAGUCACAAGUUGGACUGGCUGCCUUUGUUGUCUUGAUCCAGGAAAGACAUUCUGGAGAGAUAGCAACUCUUGUAUUGUUUGAAUUCUGUUAUGCAAAUGAGAAUAGGGCUGUACACAAGUACAUUUGUCUUUUCUUCAACUCUUCACCUAACUGCUAAAAAGACUGCACAUCCCUCGAGUAUGUUGUUACACUAAUUUCUGCUUUUUGGGACUCAUACAGAUGUUCAGGUACUGUGUGCUGCUUCUCCUGUGUAUGUACUUGGGGCAUUGGAUGCAACUGCUGUAUGAUGCUUAUCAUUAAUAUGUACUUUCCAUCAUAAAACUAAAAUUUCUAAAUGUUUUUCUUUUGCUCAGUCGUGUAACAUUUGUUCUUUCUUUAUAAUUGAGCACAAUCCUUUAAAAGGCUGAAUUAAAUUAAUAAAUAAUAUAUCACAUGGUUCUUCCAACAUGUUCAGGAUGAAAUGCAUUAUUCUUCCUCCCUUUCAUUCAGACAGCUCUUAAGUCAGUUAGAUUUAGAGUGUCUUGAUGAAGACCACCCAGUGAUGUUCAUUGUUGAAGUUCUCUCUGGUCCAGGGUUAGGCAUCCUAGUUCCAUGAACACCUUCCUUGAUGUUGGCUAAAGUACCAUGGUUCCUCCCACUUUAAGCAAUAUAAAACUUAUUCUUACUAGCAGCUUGGAUAACAGCAGAAUAGUUUUCUUAGAGAUGAAAACUGUGGGUUCAAAUGAAUUAUUUCAGGUGUUGGGGCUGAGACCUUACCUCUGCCUUGUACUUGGUCUGUUCGGCAAUUUACUUAUCCUUUUUGUCAUGGCAACCAAUUUGUCAUGAUGCCCAGGUCAGUUUCUUGAAGUGUUAAAUGUCCCCGGUCCCAAAAAAUUGGCCUUUUGCUGCUGUAGUCGUUGUCCACAUUUCCUAGUGAGCACACCAUUUAAAAACUGAACUAAUCACUACCUUAUAUGUUAAGCUAACAGUCUGUCAUUGAUAGACACUGGAUGGAAUUUUCAAAGAUACAAGGCCUUCUACCUCUACAGUAAAAUCACUGUUACAGGUUUACUUUUGUUUGGUGCUUUUUGUAACACUAAUCCUAAAUGCACAUAAGGGGAUAUAUAUUUUGUAAUUAUAAUCUAACCCUGGACUGUUCAGAAAGUCUGGAUAGGAUCUGAAGGACAACUUUGGUUUACUAUUAUUGACUAGCAGACUGCUACUCCAUAUCAUAAACAGCUUUUGAAAAUUGACUUUGUUUAUAAACUGCUUUGUCUCUUUUGUAAGAGGGUGUGUUCAAGAAACACAAGUGCAGAGUCCCCACUGACUAAAUUAAAUUCACAGUUCUUUGUAGCCAGUAACAAGCCUGACUCUACAGGUUCUGGCACUAUUCUGCAUGCAACUGCUAGAGUUUUAAGAAUUCAGCCCAUAUAGCAUGCACUGGCACAUCAAUAUGGUCAAAGAAAAGUGCCCUGUGCUAAUUUACAUAUCCCAUUCAUGAUACAUAGAUUCAAUCCUGGCAGACAAAGUGCUUAGAUUGAAAAAAAAACCUAUUAUGUGAUUUGACUAUUUCAUUAAGAGGUGCUUUCAGGGUGUGGGUAGGUGGUAUUUUAGUUUUAUUUCUGUCAUGUUUUGCUUUGUUCAUUAAAGCUCACUUCCUAUAACCA